ACGAUACGGUAUAUAUAUCAGCUUUCAGCUCAUCUCUUAUCUCUUUUUUUAUACAAGUAAAUUUUUUAUUUUUUUAAAUUAUUAUUUUUAAUAACACCUAACACACCAAAUUUUAUAUUAAAAAAAAUAAUAAAUUUUAAACAAUGGGCAAGUACAAGAUCAAGAUUGGACUUAUUGGUGGCUCAGGUCUUGGUGACUUGGCUGAGCAAGUAUUAAAAGAUUCAAAAAUAAUAACUCAAGAAGAUGCUAGAAAUGAUUUUGGUUUACCAAGUGGAGAAAUAUUUACUGGUGUUAUUGCUGGUGUUGAUGUUGCUUUAUUAUCAAGACAUGGAGCUGGACACAAAAUAAAUCCAACAAAUGUUAAUUAUCGUGCAAAUAUUCAAGCACUUAAAUCACUUGGCUGUACUCAUAUACUAGCAGCAACAGCAUGCGGCUCAUUGAGAGAAUCAAUUGGUCGUGGACAACUUGUUAUUCCCGAUAGUUUUAUAGAUCGUACAAAUAGUCGAAAAGGAACUCUUUUUGAUGGCACAUCAUCAAUAUAUCCUGGAGUUUGUCAUGUUCCAAUGGAACCAGCAUUUCAUCCAGCAACAUGUAAAAUACUUGAAAAUGCUGCUAAAAAAGUUGGUAUUGAUGUACAAGUUGGUGGAACAAUUGUUACAAUUGAAGGUCCAAGAUUUUCAUCAAAAGCUGAAAGUAAAGCAUGGCGUAUUUGGGGUGGUGAUUUAGUUAACAUGACAACAUGCCCUGAAGUAUGCAUUGCCAAAGAAGCUGGUCUUCUUUAUGCUGCAAUUGCCAUGGCAACUGAUUACGAUUGUUGGAAAGAUGCUGAAGCAAAUGUUUGUGUUGCUGAUGUUAUUGCUAUUUUUAGAAAAAAUGUCUCUAAAGUUACAGAAAUACUUGUUAAAGCUGUUGAACUUAUUGGACAAGAAGAAUGGGAUAAGGAUAUUGAUGAUUUAAAGAAUUUAGUUGACAGUGGAAAUGUAUCAGCCAAAGAUUAAAGAUUUACCAUGAAAAAUAUAACACACCAGUGGAAAGCAACGAAAUAAAUUAAGUUAUCAACUGCUAGAAAAUUAAAAUCUAGUUUUAAUGUAAUAAAGUUGAAUAUCACUCCUCACAGCACCUGUGGGCGACAUAAAAAAAUUACCACAAUAAAAAUUCAUAAAAUAAAAAAUAAUACUUUUUGUUAAUAAUAAUUUUUCUUAUAUAUUUUUUAUAAUAACGGAACAUGUUAUUUAUUUAUAGAUUUACAGGGUAAUUUUAUAAUGAUGUACAAUUGACCACAAUGGUCGAACAACCGAGUGUAUCUACAAUUUACAAAUUUAAUGUUGGCGAGUUGUUUUUUUUAAUUUUUUAAAUUUAAAAAAAAAUUAUAAUAACAAACAAUUAGUUUGUUGAAAUUUUUUCAUCAUAUUCAAUUCAUAAUUUUGUAUAAUUUAUAUAUUUUUUCAUCAAGUCUUAGCCUGAGGCUUGAUUUUUUUUUUUUUUUGUAAAUAUAUUUAUACAAUUUUUUUGUUUCUUUUUUUUUUUCAAUUAUUAUUUCCUUUUUGAUAGCCGAUUUGGAAGGAUGGAAAAAUUAGAUAAUAUAUAAAUUGAGAAACUUAAUAUGAAGAAUUUUUUAACAAUUAAUUGUAUUAAUACUUAGUAUUUUUUUUUCGUUCGUAUUUUGCCUAUUUUU